UUGACCUUGACGUGAAAUUUAAACUGUAACCUUAGGAUCGACGGCUCGGUAUACGGCCAACAAAGAAGUGGAAAUAUAAAUUAGCAGCUACUAGAAAGAGUCAAGCAAAUGACUUUAAGACUAACAGUGAGAAUCACGCAACGUUGAGGACGCGUUUCAAUGAUACUAAGUAAUCGUCUUAAAUCCCCAGUAAAAAAUGUUCCACAUAUCAAGAUCACCUUGUGUAAACCGUGUGUUAUCGUCGAUCCCGUACUGGAGUCGUCAUUACAGUUCAUAUAAAUCUGCAGAAGAAUCAAGCAAAACUUUGAAAAAGCAAUUAUUGGACCGAAUUAAUACUUUUGGACCUUUAACAGUGGCUGAAUAUAUGAAGGAAUGCUUAUGUAAUCCAUUAUAUGGUUACUACAAUACACACAAUGUUUUCGGAAAAUGUGGGGAUUUCACCACUUCUCCAGAAAUAUGUCAAGUUUUUGGUGAGCUUGUAGGUGUAUGGUUGUUGGAAGAAUGGAAGAGACAAAAUUGUCCUCAGCAAUUACAACUCGUUGAACUUGGCCCAGGACGUGGUACACUUUGUGCUGAUAUACUAAGGGUUCUCUCAAAAUUCCCUGAUAUAUAUUCAGCUACAUCAAUACAUUUAGUGGAAAUAAGUUCAUCAAUGCAAAAUACUCAAAAGGAAACAAUUGAAAAGGUAUCAUCAGUUUUAUCCAAAAAACCGCUGCCUAUAUUUUGGUACAAUGAUCUACGACAAGUUCCUGAAACAUUCUCAUUUUUUAUAGGUCAUGAAUUUUUUGAUGUACUUCCAGUUCAUUGUUUUCAAAAAGUUGAAAGAAAUUGGUAUGAAAUAUUAAUUAGCUCCAUGGCAAAUACUGACAACUUAUGCUUCGUUCGUUCAAGUACAAAAACGCCAGCUUCGAUAGCCUACCUUCCGUUAGUACCGAAUCUUUCUAAUCGAGAUACUGUUGAAAUAUGUCCGGAAAUGUUAUGUCUAACACAAGUGUUAUGCAAACGAAUCAGUGAAAAUGGUGGUGCUGCACUACUGAUUGAUUAUGGACAUGAAGGUGAGAAAGGUGAUACAUUUCGUGGUUUUCAUGCUCAUAAAGUGUGUGAUCCACUUAUUGAUCCUGGUCAUAUAGAUCUUACAUGUGACGUUGAUUUUAGCCUUCUUUGUCAGGCAGUCAAGGAUUCUAAAGAAAAAGUAACUCUGCAUGGCCCAGUAACUCAAGCCUAUUUUCUCAUCAAUAUGGGUUUAUUCCAUAGAAUGAAGAUUUUAUUAUCGAAAUGUAAAUCAGACGAGGAAAAAAAUGAAUUAUUCUCUGCAUGUGAAAUGCUUGUCACUGGUGAACAAAUGGGUAGUCGAUUUAAAUUUGUAGGGAUUACACCAGAAUUGGAAUCGGGAUCACAGAUAGACAAAUGUAAACUACCCGGAUUCACUCCACUUCCUGGUACACCAUAUGCACAAGAGGAUUUUGUAUAAAUAUGCUAAUGACUAUUAAUUGUUGCUCUCCUCCUCCUUCUUCUUCUCUUUUGUUUCUCUUUCACUCCUGGAGGGAGAGACAGUGACUGCAGGUGGAUUAAAUGAUCCCUUUAAACUUUGUAAAAAUGGAACUUGAGUUUUAUCGUUUAUUUGUACCGUUUGCUAAUACUUGUGAAUGUAAAUAUGCAUUAUUACUAAACAGUAACAUGAUAAUAAUCAUUGAAGUUAAUAUCUUCAAA